AUGGAUGAUUCUGGAUUAAUUUUAAAUCUUGUGCAAAAAGCUGCUAUUAAGACAGAAGUCGAUGGGAACGAUACGAACAGCGGCGAACAUCUUGAUAACAACGACGAUGUUCCAAACCUCGAUCGACUUUCGAUCAUCAAAAAUUCCUUCUCAUGCAAUUUAACCGAGAAGCCAUGCUACGAUUGCAAAUGGGAAAAAGCCAAGGAACCGAUGUUCAAAGUUGCUUUGAGGACGAGUGACGCAGAUUUGGAGGACUAUAAGGGGAACGGGUCAAGGAAAAAGAUUCGCGUGGAGCCGAAGCAGAUUUGCAGUAGCCGGGAGAAGUGUGACGAGGAGGAGAAAAUCUUCGUGCUGCAGCAACUCGGUCGAUCUCAGAUACCUCGGGAUGGAUUUCCAGCUUUUGUAUGCAUUGACGGGCGGAUUGCCGAUCCGAGCGGAGUUAAACGAAAAAUUCCAAGACCGGCAAACGCGUUUAUGCUCUUUGCCAACGAAUGGCGUAAGAAGCUCGCCGCUGAGAAUCCUCGGGAAUCGAACAAGGACAUCAGUGUUAGGCUAGUUUUUUUCACCAGUUUUCAUUCAUCGAUACCGUAUCACGAUAAGUGGUAUUCUUUAUUCAAAAUAUUAACUCGUCUCAGAUUGGCAAAGAUCAAAUUCAAAGGUCAUCAAUUUUAA